CGGGGCGGGCGCAUGCGCAGGGGGGCGCGCCGCCUCUGCCCCGCGGCUAGGGUGUCUAUGGAGAGGCGGCGGCCGCUGAGGCUGAGGCUGAGGCAGUGGCAGUGGCGAUGGCGCCCUUCCCCGAGGAGGUGGACGUCUUCACCGCCCCGCACUGGCGGAUGAAGCAGCUGGUGGGGCUCUACUGCGACAAGCUUUCUAAAACCAACUUUUCCAACAACAACGAUUUCCGUGCUCUUCUGCAGUCUUUGUAUGCUACUUUUAAGGAGUUCAAAAUGCACGAGCAGAUAGAAAAUGAGUACAUUAUUGGUUUGCUUCAACAACGCAGCCAGACCAUUUAUAAUGUUCAUUCUGACAAUAAACUCUCUGAGAUGCUUAGCCUCUUUGAAAAGGGACUGAAGAAUGUUAAGAAUGAAUAUGAGCAAUUAAAUUAUGCAAAACAGCUAAAAGAGAGAUUGGAGGCUUUUACAAGAGAUUUUCUUCCUCACAUGAAAGAGGAAGAGGAGGUUUUUCAGCCCAUGUUAAUGGAAUAUUUUACCUAUGAAGAGCUUAAGGAUAUUAAAAAAAAAGUGAUUGCACAACACUGCUCUCAGAAGGAUACUGCGGAACUCCUUAGAGGUCUCAGCCUUUGGAAUCAAGCUGAGGAACGACAGAAAUUUUUUAAGUAUUCUGUGGAUGAGAAAUCAGAUAAAGAAGCAGAAGUGUCAGAACAAUCCACAGGUAUAACCCAUCUUCCUCCUGAGGUAAUGCUGUCAAUUUUCAGUUACCUUAAUCCUCAAGAAUUAUGUCGAUGCAGUCAAGUAAGCACUAAAUGGUCUCAGCUGGCAAAAACUGGAUCUCUUUGGAAACACCUUUACCCUGUCCAUUGGGCCAGAGGUGACUGGUACAGUGGACCAGCUACUGAAUUUGAUACUGAACCUGAUGAGGAAUGGGUGAAAAACAGAAAAGAUGAAAGUCGUGCUUUUCAGGAGUGGGAUGAAGAUGCUGAUAUAGAUGAAUCUGAAGAGUCUGCAGAGGAAUCGAUUGCUAUCAGCAUUGCACAAAUGGAAAAACGUUUACUCCAUGGCUUAAUUCAUAAUGUUCUACCGUAUGUUGGUACUUCUGUAAAAACUUUAGUAUUAGCAUACAGCUCUGCAGUUUCCAGCAAAAUGGUUAGGCAGAUUUUAGAGCUUUGUCCUAACCUGGAGCAUCUGGAUCUUACCCAGACCGACAUUUCAGAUUCUGCAUUUGACAGUUGGUCUUGGCUUGGCUGCUGUCAGAGUCUUCGGCAUCUUGAUCUUUCUGGAUGUGAAAAAAUUACAGAUGUGUCUCUAGAGAAGAUUUCUAGAGCUCUUGGAAUUCUGACAUCUCAUCAGAGUGGCCUUUUGAAAGCUUCUACAAGUAGAAUUCCUUCAACUACAUGGAAAAAUAAAGACAUUACCGUGCAGUCCCCCAAGCAGUAUGCUUGUUUGCACGAUUUAACUAACAAGGACGUUAGAGAAGAAAUGGAUAAUGAACACCCCUGGACUAAGCCUGUUUCUUCUGAAAAUUUCACUUCUCCGUAUGUGUGGAUGUUAGAUGCCGAAGAUUUGGCCGAUAUUGAAGAUGCUGUGGAAUGGAGACAUAGAAAUGUUGAAAAUCUCUGUGUAAUGGAAACAGCAUCCAACUUUAGUUGUUCCUCCUCUGGUUGUUACAGUAAGGAUAUUGUCGGACUAAGGACUACUCUCUGUUGGCAGCAGCAUUGUGCUUCUCCGGCCUUUGCAUAUUGUGGUCAUUCAUUUUGUUGUACAGGAACAGCUCUAAGAACUAUGUCAGCACUCCCAGAGUCUUCUGCAUUGUGUAGAAAAGCAUCAAGGACUAGAAUUCAUAGAGGCAAAGACUUAAUAUACUUCGGGAGUGAAAAAUCUGAUCAAGAGACUGGACGUUUACUCCUGUUUCUCAGUCUGUCUGGAUGUUAUCAGAUCACAGACCAUGGUCUCAGGGUUUUGACUCUGGGAGGAGGGCUGCCUUAUUUGGAGCACCUUAAUCUCUCUGGUUGUCUUACUGUAACUGGUGAAGGCCUGCAGGAUUUGGUUUCAGCAUGUCCUUCCCUAAAUGAUGAAUACUUUUACUACUGUGACAACAUUAACGGUCCUCAUGCUGAUACCGCCAGCGGAUGCCAGAAUUUGCAGUGUGGUUUUCGAGCCUGCUGCCGCUCUGGCGAAUGACCCUUGACUUCUGACCUUUGUCUACUUCAUUUAGCUGAGCAGGCUUCCUUUCAUGCACUUUACUUACAGCACAUUUCUUGUGUUAACCAUCCCUUUUUGAGUGACUUGUUUUGGCCCCAUUACUUACUACAGCCUCAAAUUUUAACUUACCAGUGAAUUGUACAGUGUUGUUUCUCUUGAAAAUCACAUUUUUGUUUUAGAAAGGGGAUUAGUUCUUUUCACAAGUGUAAGAACAGCUUUAUCCGAUUUCUUUUAAAUUGAAUGCCUUGAAAAGAAUGUUACUAAUGCCAUGCCAUUUAAAGUAUUUUCUUGAUUGUUUUGAGUUUUAAAGUCAAUGGGGGUUAUUGGUUUUCUCUAUAUAAACACUGUACCAAGCUUUGCAGAUCAUUUCAAACAUAAAUUUCUAAAGUUUUAUUUUCAAAAACUGCACAUUUAGACACUAGUCUCUUUUCCAUAAUGUUUCCUUUAUUUGAACAAUUCUCAGAGGGCCAAUUCAAACAUACACAUAUAAGAUUCUUUGAAAUUAUAAAUUGGCUUCUUGCUGUUAGCUCACUGAGCUAGCAAAGCACCAGUGUAUUUAUAUUUGCCUUCUUUAAAGACCACCGCUGGUUCUUACCACUGUCCCUAAAUUGUCAAGUUUGGGAGGGAUUUUUUAAAAUUCCGCAAUCAUUUGAAGAAGUGUAUAAAUAAAAUCUACUUUGAGGACUUUACCAAGUAA